AUGGCAGAUGCUCAGGUAGGAGUUGUCAGCAGCGGGAGCCUGGUGGAGCAGAUCCAGGUCCAUGGCUUUGAUUGUCCCAGCUGCGGCUGCGCCAUGUGCCCCGGCGCGGCUUUGAUUAGCGCCGCCAUGAAAAUCUUUAAACCCGGCAGCUUUAAACCCGGCAGCUUUAAACCCAGAUUUAAACCCAGCUAUAAACCCGGCAGCUAUAAACCCAGAUUUAAACCCAGCUUUAAACCCAGCUAUAAACCCAGAUUUAAACCCAGCUUUAAACCCAGCUAUAAACCCAGAUUUAAACCCAGCUUUAAACCCAGCUUUAAACCCAGCUAUAAACCCAGAUUUAAACCCGGCUAUAAACCCAUCUUUAAACCCAGCUAUAAACCCAUCUUUAAACCCGGCUAUAAACCCAGCUUUAAACCCAGCUAUGAACCCAGAUUUAAACCCAGCUUUAAACCCAGCUUUAAACCCAGAUUUAAACCCAGCUUUAAACCCAGCUUUAAACCCAGCUAUAAACCCAGAUUUAAACCCAGCUUUAAACCCAGCUUUAAACCCAGCUAUAAACCCAUCUUUAAACCCGGCUGUAAACCCGGCUUUAAACCCGGCUAUAAACCCAUCUUUAAACCCAGCUAUAAACCCAUCUUUAAACCCAGCUAUAAACCCAGCUUUAAACCCAGCUAUAAACCCAGAUUUAAACCCAGCUUUAAACCCGGCUUUAAACCCGGCUAUAAACCCAUCUUUAAACCCAGCUUUAAACCCGGCUUUAAACCCGGCUAUAAACCCAUCUUUAAACCCAGCUAUAAACCCAUCUUUAAACCCGGCUAUAAACCCAUCUUUAAACCCAGCUUUAAACCCGGCUAUAAACCCAUCUUUAAACCCAGCUAUAAACCCAUCUUUAAACCCGGCUAUAAACCCAUCUUUAAACCCAGCUUUAAACCCUGCUAUAAACCCAUCUUUAAACCCAUCUUUAAACCCAGCUAUAAACCCAUCUUUAAACCCAGCUAUAAACCCAUCUUUAAACCCAGCUUUAAACCCAGCUUUAAACCCAGCUAUAAACCCAGAUUUAAACCCAGCUUUAAACCCAGCUUUAAACCCGGCUAUAAACCCAUCUUUAAACCCAGCUAUAAACCCAUCUUUAAACCCAGCUUUAAACCCGGCUUUAAACCCGGCUAUAAACCCAUCUUUAAACCCAGCUAUAAACCCAUCUUUAAACCCGGCUAUAAACCCAUCUUUAAACCCAGCUUUAAACCCAGCUUUAAACCCGCUUUAAACCCACUUUUAACCCAAUUUAAACCCAGCUUUAAACCCAGCUAUAAACCCAGCUUUAAACCCGGCUAUAAAACCAUCUUUAAACCCAGCUAUAAACCCAUCUUUAAACCCAUCUUUAAACCCAGCUAUAAACCCAAUUUUAAACCCGGCUAUAAACCCAUCUUUAAACCCGGCUAUAAACCCAUCUUUAAACCCAGCUAUAAACCCAGAUUUAAACCCAGCUUUAAACCCAGCUUUAAACCCAGCUAUAAACCCAGAUUUAAACCCGGCUAUAAACCCAUCUUUAAACCCAGCUAUAAACCCAUCUUUAAACCCGACUAUAAACCCAGCUUUAAACCCAGCUAUAAACCCAGAUUUAAACCCAGCUUUAAACCCAGCUAUAAACCCAGCUUUAAACCCAGCUUUAAACCCGGCUAUAAACCCAUCUUUAAACCCAGCUAUAAACCCAUCUUUAAACCCGGCUAUAAACCCAUCUUUAAACCCAGCUUUAAACCCAGCUUUAAACCCAGCUAUAAACCCAUCUUUAAACCCAGCUAUAAACCCAUCUUUAAACCCAUCUUUAAACCCAGCUAUAAACCCGGCAGCUAUAAACCCAGAUUUAAACCCAGCUUUAAACCCAGCUAUAAACCCAGAUUUAAACCCAGCUUUAAACCCAGCUUUAAACCCAGCUAUAAACCCAGAUUUAAACCCAGCUUUAAACCCAGCUAUAAACCCAGCUUUAAACCCGGCUAUAAACCCAUCUUUAAACCCAGCUAUAAACCCAUCUUUAAACCCGGCUAUAAACCCAUCUUUAAACCCAGCUUUAAACCCAGCUUUAAACCCAGCUAUAAACCCAUCUUUAAACCCAUCUUUAAACCCAUCUUUAAACCCAUCUUUAAACCCAGCUAUAAACCCGGAAGCUAUAAACCCAGAUUUAAACCCAGCUUUAAACCCAGCUAUAAACCCAGAUUUAAACCCAGCUUUAAACCCAGCUUUAAACCCAGCUAUAAACCCAGAUUUAAACCCAGCUUUAAACCCAGCUUUAAACCCAGCUAUAAACCCAGAUUUAAACCCGGCUAUAAACCCAUCUUUAAACCCAGCUAUAAACCCAUCUUUAAACCCGACUAUAAACCCAGCUAUAAACCCAGCUAUAAACCCAGAUUUAAACCCAGCUUUAAACCCAGCUAUAAACCCAGCUUUAAACCCAGCUUUAAACCCGGCUAUAAACCCAUCUUUAAACCCAGCUAUAAACCCAUCUUUAAACACGGCUAUAAACCCAUCUUUAAACCCAGCUUUAAACCCAGCUUUAAACCCAGCUAUAAACCCAUCUUUAAACCCAGCUAUAAACCCAUCUUUAAACCCGGCUAUAAACCCGGCUUUAAACCCGGCUAUAAACCCAUCUUUAAACCCAGCUAUAAACCCAUCUUUAAACCCGGCUAUAAACCCAGCUAUAAACCCAGAUUUAAACCCAGCUUUAAACCCAGCUAUAAACCCAGAUUUAAACCCGGCUAUAAACCCAUCUUUAAACCCAGCUAUAAACCCAGCUUUAAGACCAGAUUUAAACCUAGCUGUAAACCCAGUUUAAACAGGCCUCCAGACCACCUCCUCACCUACUCCCACUGCCACCCACUACCAUUACAACCAUUAUGCUAA